UCCAAGGAUGCAAAGGCGACCCUUGAGCCACUGCACCUGAAGGUCCUCGGGUAGAGUUUGCUAAUUGAACUUGGGUUGGAGCACCAUAUUACAUAAACAGGCCCAUUAAAACCCCAGAAGAACACACAAACCCAAACAGCUAUAACCAGCAAAUUCAAGCACAAACCAUCGAUAGGUUUUAGCAGUGAGGUGAGAGAAAGUGUGCUGUAAUACUGCAGGCAAACUAAGAUCAAUUACAAUGCAGAGAUGGUGUUCCAAGCUUCGAACUUUGGCUAAUCUCCCAACAACAAUUAGAGCUUCAUCUUCUUCUUCUCUUUCAAUUCAUCGCUUUUACUACCAGUCUUCCUCUAAUUUUCAGCGCCCAUUUUCACCAUUUUCAACAAUUUCUUCCCAAUUACACUCCCAUUUCAAUGCUUCUGCUUAUCUGCCGCUUCCUACAAAUGGGGUUUCCUUUUUACUCUCUCCUCCUCCAUAUGUGCAAGUGAGGAGUUUUUCGGCUAAAUCCAAGGAGAAGAAGUGGAAGAAGCUUACACCAGCUACUUCAAGAGUCAAGAAGAUCAAAAUUAAGGGUUAUUCGUCUUUCAAGAGAAGAUUCAAGACUUUGAAUGACGGGACAAUUAGGCGAUGGAGGGAAGGCAAGCGGCAUAAUGCACAUUUGAAGUCAAAGAAGUCCAAGAGAAGACUCAGAAAACCCGAGAUUGUGCCCGCAGCUUAUGCAAAAGUCAUGAAGAAGCUCAACUUUUGUUCAAAUUUCUGAAACAAUCAAGUGGAAAAAAGAGUUUUUGUUAACCACUGCCUUCUUUUUUGGCGAUGAAGUUCCCCUUCAGGCUUCAAAUAUUGGAUUUUACGCAUUUCUUCAAUAUCCAAGAUCCUAGUUACUCUUGUCCCUUAAGAAACCAUUUACCUUUACUGCUAUCGAUUUAUGCAUGAACUAUAAAUAUUCUAGUAAACCUACAUAGAAUCUUGGAAUGUAUUUAUGUCUUGUUGCAAAUUACAAUUCCUACCUAAUAAGAACACCUUUUUCCGAGACA